AUGUUAUUUAGCAGUCGAACCUUCAUGCUUACUGUUACAUAUCUGCUAUCGGCUCUUUUUCAAGUAACUUGGCCUUAUCCUUCAAAAAUACUUUUAGAAUCUGUUACUUGCAUUUCGCCGGAAACGAGCACUGCUUCUAAGACCCUGCGAUACGCAGUGGACGAAAUCAACUCUCGAGAAGAUGCUCCAUUUAGACUUUCUUUUCAAAAUCGCGAUGUAGAUCCGGGUUCAUCUGAGUCUUGGCAUAUAACAGAUGCCGUUUGUCAAGAUUUGAAAGAAGGGGGCAUGGCUAUUGUGAGUGUAGAAAGUGGUAAAGGUCAUGAAUCACUGAGAGGACUGGCGGAUAUUCUAGAACUUCCUCUCAUUUCGGUAGAUUCACCAACUUUUCCUUCAGAGCCUAUCAACUUUUUCGAGUUGAAUGUGAGGCCUUCUCCAGCAGAGGUGUUAGCAGACUUUAUAAUUCUUAAGCAAUGGACAGAGGUAAUUCUAUUAGGAGAUGGUGAAAAUUCGGGUCUCUCACCACCAUGGCUUUGGCAUCAUCUGCAUACGAAGACGAAUACGUCAAUCAGCGCACAAUUGCUCGAAAUGCCGAGAGAAGAAUCAAAAUUUGAGGAAUUUCUGCGAAAAUUUAAUAUUCGACGAGCUAAUUAUACCAACAGAAUACUCAUCGACACAACUUCCACCACACGACAACAGAAGCUUCUCGCGGCCAUUCGCGGAGCUCAGUUCAGUCAGGCUAAUUAUCAUUAUGUGAUUGUUAACUUUGACUUUCUUCCAUACGAUGUGGAAAUGUUCGCGAACGGGAAUAUAAACAUGAGCGGAUUCCAAAUCAUUAACAAAGAGUGUCGUGGGUACUGGAAUCUCAAAAAACAUUUGAAGAAGACCGAAUGGAGUCCGUUGAAGAACUACGACGACGUUGAUUCCCGAGCUGCUCUGGCACACGAUGCCGUUUUAGUUGCCUGGCAUGGUUUCAAGAAAACUUUAGCUGGUAAUGAUUCUCUCUUCCAUGGUACUUUCAGACAUGGACGAUUCUUCAACAGAGGAUACCCCGGUAUUUUCUGUGAUCCUCUAUCGGACAAAGCUCAUCCAAAUCGUCCAUUUGCUUCCUUCGAACACGGUCGAACAGUUACCAAGACUAUGAGAGGGCUUCGAAUAGAUAUCAAAGAUGGAACUCUUACGGGAAACAUAGAAUUUGAUCAAAAUGGUCAAAGGAAGCGCUACGAUGUUAACGUGAUUGAUUUAGUUUCAAACACUAAGGCUACUUUUAAUAGUAAAGAGGUGAUGGCAUGGCGGCAAGGCGAAGGCUUCUUUGCUAAUCGAACAAUAGCUCAACACACUAGAAAAACAAUUGAAAAUAGAACUAGGAAGAACGUCCGAGUAGUUACAGUCUUGGUAGCGCCGUUCGUCAUGAACAAAAAAGGUUGUACAGAUGGCUCGAAUCGAACCGAAUGUCAAGGAAAUAACCAAUUCGAAGGAUAUUGCAUUGAUCUGCUCAAACUGUUAUCUGAACGCAUUGAGGGAUUCAACUUUGAAGUGUACCUUCAAACAAAAACAGGAUCAAAGAAGCCUGACGGAAGUUGGGAUGGUAUGGUUGGAGAUCUGUUAAGCGGCAGAGCAGAUAUGGCAGUGUCCUCAUUAACCAUCAAUCAGGAAAGAGAGCGUGUUGUUGAUUUUUCCAAACCAUUCAUGACAACAGGCAUCUCAAUCAUGAUUAAGAAGCCCGAAAAUCAGGAAUUCUCAGUGUUCUCCUUCAUGCAACCUCUAAGUACUGAAAUUUGGAUGUACAUUAUAUUUGCUUAUAUAGGAGUUUCUGUUGUGAUUUUCUUAGUAUCUCGUUUCUCUCCAUAUGAAUGGAGAGUUGAGGAGACUGCUCGGGGAGGAUUUACGAUAUCCAACGACUUUUCCGUAUAUAACUGUUUGUGGUUUACAUUAGCGGCUUUCAUGCAGCAGGGAACUGAUAUAUUACCUCGCUCAAUCUCGGGACGUAUAGCUUCAUCAGCUUGGUGGUUUUUCACAAUGAUCAUAGUCUCAUCAUAUACUGCCAACUUAGCUGCCUUCUUAACCUUAGAGAAAAUGCAAGCACCCAUAGAAAGCGUAGAAGACUUAGCGAAACAGACAAAAAUCAAAUACGGAAUUCAAGGAGGAGGUUCAACGGCUUCCUUCUUUAAGUACUCUUCUGUUCAAAUUUAUCAACGAAUGUGGCGCUAUAUGGAGUCGCAGGUGCCUUCUGUAUUUGUCUCAUCGUAUGCCGAAGGAAUAGAUAGGGUUCGAACACACAAAGGCCGAUAUGCAUUUCUGCUUGAAGCCACUGCAAACGAAUAUGAAAAUACACGAAAACCUUGUGAUACCAUGAAAGUUGGAGCAAACUUGAACAGCAUAGGAUAUGGUGUGGCGACACCGUUUGGAUCUGAUUGGAAGGAUCAUAUAAAUCUGGCCAUAUUGGCUCUACAAGAGAGAGGAGAACUGAAAAAGCUCGAGAAUAAGUGGUGGUAUGACAGGGGAGAAUGUGGUUCUGGGAUGACAGUGGAUGGAUCGUCUUCAUCGUUGAAUCUUUCAAAAGUAGCCGGAAUAUUCUAUAUUUUGAUGGGAGGAAUGAUAGCAUCCAUGAUUGCAGCACUGGGAGAGUUCCUUUAUCGUUCCAGAAUUGAAGCGCGGAAGGCGAAUACGAACUCUCUGGUUGGCAACUUCGCGAAAAACUUGAAACAAGCCUUAUCAUCCCAAUUACGGUUAUCGAUCCAGGGUGGAGCAGUAGCUCAGCCGGGCACACAGUCUCACGAAGCACUCAAACGACAACAGCUGGCUGCUUUUCUGCCGGCCUCAAAUCAAGAUGGAAAAGCCCCAGAUCCUCAAUUCAAUAACCGAUCUGGCUAUCCCUAUAAUACGGCGGUUUAA